AUGGCAAACAACAUGAUCUUUAUUUAUCGUCUCUUGCCUGGCAAUAUUCUGCAAGUAACUCGACUUCGUCGAGCCUUGCAAUCUGUAAUGACAAGAUAUCAAUCAGUACACACCGCAAGCAGUUUCGAUGCAGAACAGAAUCGUCUUAUUCAAGGAGUCAAUACUUGGACUGAGAACGACAGUCAGAAUAAUCAUGUAUUUGCAUUGAUUGAGAGCAUAUUCAAAAGUGAUGAAGAACUCAAUGCUAUUAUUAACAAUGAACGUAACAAUUCUGAACAUUUCGAUCUUUCUCAAAGUCUUGUCUUGCGAUGUCAUCUUGUUUACUAUAAAGAAAUUUCUCAAAAUGAUGAGCUUCGUGGAUAUGACACUUUAAUUUUCAACUUCCAACAGGCUGUAUUCGAUAUUGAUGCUAUAGAAAUGUUUCUACGCAAUCUUGCCGAAGCUUACACAACAAGUGAAGCUCUCACUGCUAAAUUAGUGCAUUUAUUAAGAAGUUAUGUUGAAGAAAGUUGUCUAAUAUGGAAUUUAUAUGGGCCAUCAGAAAUAACAAUGGGCUGCACUUAUCACAAGGUAGAUGAGACAUCUGAAAAAUCAAAUAUUUGUAUUGGCCGACCUUUUCCCAACUAUCAAUGUCGCAUUGUCAACGACAUGCUUCAACCUGUGAUUGUCAACCAGGAAGGUGAAUUACUUGUAGGUGGCGUGGGUAUAUUUGCUGGUUAUCUCGGUCGUGACGAUUUGACAGCAAAGGCACUCAUUGAGAUCGAUGAUGAACUAUUUUAUCGAACAGGUGAUCUUGUACGAUUAGACAGCAAGGGCUUCCUGCAUUAUGUUGGGCGCAAAGAUUUCCAAAUAAAACUUCGCGCACAACGUAUCGAACUCGGCGAAAUUGAACAAUGUCUGCUGCAGUCAUCAUCAAAAGUCACUAAUUGUGUUGUUACUAAAUAUGAUGAUGAACAUUUGGUCGCAUACGUGCAAAGUUCUGAUAACAACGAAGAACCAUUGCGAACAUACUGUCGUUUUCAUCUUCCACAGUAUAUGGUUCCAUCAAAGUUUAUCAUACUCCAACAAUUCCCAUUGAAUGCCAACGGAAAGGUGGAUAGAAAGCGUCUGCCAAUACCAAACAUUUCAUCUUCACGAUCUUCAACAGCAAUCGACUUUAAAAUACCACGAAAUGAAAUAGAAAAACGUGUCCAUUCUUUAUGGUGCGAAGUGUUACAAUAUGUAGGUGAGCAGAUUUCAAUCGAAGAAAGUUUCUUUAACAUUGGUGGUCAUUCGCUACUUCUUAUACAACUCUAUCAUCGUUAUAAAUCGGAAUUCGACUUUAGUUCUCAAGCAAUUUCUAUUGCACCAUUUCUUCAGUAUGCAACCAUUGCUGAACACGCUAAAUUACUUGAGACAGUGAAAACCAAAAUGCAAUCAACAUCAUUACAAACAAUGCAAAUCAAUCAAGGUAACAGCUGUUGUACGAAAAAUUUUGUAAGACUAUCAUUUAACAAAACAGAGAAAAGGAUAUGA